GCAAACAAGAAGUCAUUCACUUCAACUUCAAACUGGGCAAGCUUCUCUUUUGGUCUAAAUGGCUUUCACUGCAAACUGUUUUGCUCAGCCACCGCAGACUAGAAUACCGCAGACAAGCGGGAGCUGCAAAGUCCUGCCUCAGCAGCUGAAAUCUUUAAGCAGUCCAUUACCGCUGACACAAUGUCGGCGCGCAAGGAUUGCCGGCGCUGCUGCUGCAGUCGCUGGCGUCGCCAUCCCUCACCCAGGGUACUCGGGGCUGUCACCGGCGCAGAUUGGCCGCUCGUUGCUCAGGACGACGAGCACGAGCAUGAGCGAGUCUGCUGAGAGGUUGAAUAGGACUCUAUCUGGCAAAGUUCUCAACGACACCGAAGCAGUCGUGCAGGUUCACUCAGCCCUGGAGCUGGAGGACAAGCUGCAAAGGCACGAUGGCAAGCUGGUAGUGCUCAUGUGCAAAGCUGCGUCCUGUCGUCCUUGCAAGAUGUUCGCGCGGAAGUACCAGCGCAUGGCUGCAGAGUUCAGCACACAAGGCGCAGUCUUCCUAGAGAUUCUUGGAGAUGAGAGCGCAGACACAAGGAAGCUCAUGAUCAGCAUGCAGAUCAGGGUCACCCCCACAUUCUGCUUGUUCCGAGGGACAGAAGUGGUGCAGACUGUGACGGGUGUCAACGCGGAAAACUUGCAGAAUGCUGUUAGGGAACAGCUGGCAAUGUAAUAUUGAGCACUGGGGAAAUUUGCUGUGUAGAACAUUGAGUGUACACUGCUAUGUUUGUGCACAUUCAGAGGCAUGUAUUUGAUAAGUGGCCAGCUUGGCAGCCAAGCUGGGUGGAUGGCUUCUUUGAGUAGUCAAGGGACACCCAGCGUGUGACAUGGGCAGUUGAGGAGAUUUGGUACCCGAAAGACUAGGCUGCCAGCAUGUGGCGCUGUUCUAGCGCAUGUGAACAGGCUGCAUUGCAUUGCCGUCUGGAUUGAGUUGCUGGUUUAAUUGAACCGGCAAGCAAUGCUGACUUCCAGAUGUGGACCUGGUGCUUACCUGAACAGGGAGGAACAUUCAAACUGAACUGGAUCCAAUGAGGUAUUGACUGCACUGUAGCUCAGGAAAGUGGAUGUCGUUAUUAUUGUCAGAACUUUCAGGCGUUGGAACACUCUUGCUGAAAUUGAUUGAACUAAAAGGAGUGUAUAUGACAUCAUGUGUACAUAUGUGACAGCAUGAUGCCUAAUUGUCUGCAUUGUGCAACCUGCCAGAGCUAGCUAGGUUGAAGUUAGAGAAGUGGGUAUUCAUUCUUUCUUUCCUGCGCUUGUGAUACCUGAUGGAGUGUUGUAAUGUGAUGUACUGGUAC